UAUACUCCGUAUUUUUCUUGCCUAAAUAAAAAUAAUCACAAUCGAAUUUAGAAAAUACUACGGAGUAUCAUACUAGUAAUUUGAAAUUCACUAAAAUUUGUACUCUUAUUUUAUUUAGGGCAAUUGUUACACACAUAUAGUCGCGCUUAGCAGUAGACGGCUCUUCUCUCCUCUGAAUUUUUUUGUCCUUGCCUUCUCCAAGCAUUAGCAUCACGAGUUAUGGCCUUUCAGUGUCUUUCAUGGAUCAGGGAUCUGUUUGAGGAAGUUUUUGGUGAUGAUAUCACUAAUAGUGCUGCAGCGGAGGACGCAUUGACAGACAGAAGUACACCGCUCACAGUUAUUCAUGAGAAAUUGAUGAAAAAAUUCCCGAGAAUGUUAAUUUCUUCUGCAUCAUAUCAUUUUGAGGAAGUUUUUGGUGAUCAUUUGACUAAUAGUGCUGCAGUGGAGGAGGCAUUGACAGCCGGAUCAUCACCACUGGUUAUUAUUCAUGAAAAAUUGAUGAAGAAAGUUCCCAGAAUGUUAAAUUCUUCACCAUCAUCUCUUGUUGAUGAGCAGCAGAGCAGCAGGCCUAUAAUUAUUCGUUAUUGUAAGAGAGGGGGCGAAGAUAACUUGAGGCUUUACAUUGUAAAUGGAAACUCUGAAAAGGAGUGCAAGGUCAGAGGCCUGAACACACUGAAAGGAGCUUACCUUGUAAACGCUUGCCACGGACUAGGGUUGAUUUCGACCAGGAACCUGGAAGCAUAUACCAAAUAUGCUGUGUUUAAUCCUCUAUCAAGAGAUAGAGUCCAAAUAGUAGGAACCCCCAAUGUAUCUGCUAGCCGAGCAUGCGGGAUUUUCUUCCAUCCUUUAGCAAAAGAACACAGGAUUCUUGCCGUUCAUGGAAGAAAACCUGUAUUUGAAUAUCACAUUUACUCAACCGGAGCCAAA